AUGGAUGAUUUCAUUUAUUCAGUUUCUUCUCCUGAAGAAGCGCACCAACUGUAUGGCCAAUUAGUAAAUAUGUAUGCGCUCAGAUGUUAUAAGUUAACAAUAUGGGUGUCAAAUUCUUCCAGCUUUUUAGAAAUAAUACCAGAAGAUUCUUCCUUUAACAAAAAAUUAGAUUUUAAUUCAUCAGAUUCGGAAACUAAAUUAAUAGACUCUAGUGAAAAGUGGUAUGGUGCUGUAAUAUUUAUACGCAUUGGUCCGUUGAGCUUACCCGCUAAAAAAGUAUUAUUAUUCUGUUCUCGCUAUCGCAUUGCUCCGCUUAAGAAAAUAACUCUUGCUCGUUUAGAACUCUGUGACACUCAUUUACUCUCGCAGCAUGUUCGCUCAGUUAACGCUUACUUUGAAUUGAGAUGUCAUAUAAAUCACACUUUUGCUUUCACUGACUCAACAAUCGCUUUAGCGUAG